AAAAGACAAGGAAUUUUUUUUUUUUGAAAUUGACAGAAGGAGAAGAGAAAAAAAAGGUCUCUCCCCAGAGCUUCUCUCUCUCAUGGCGGAUUCACACGAUAUCAUUAUUUUGCACCAUUUCUCCAACAAACCUUUUAUAGGAUAUUCCAUCAAUUGAAGCUCUUGACCUUCAAACCCGUCUGGGUUCUUCCUCAAAUCUCAUCUUCUUGCAUGCAUCAAAUAUCCCCUGAAAAAAAUAUAUUUAAGACUACACAAAAAAUUCGCAGUUUUGAUUCUUUAAUCCAUGGGAAAUUGCUGCGUGGCUCCUAAUUCUUCCUCUAAGAAGAAGGGGAAGAGGAAGAAAAAACCCAACCCAUUUGCACUUGAUUAUGGUGCAACCAGUGGGUUCGGAGGUGGAGACAAGCUCAUUGUAUUACAAAACCCAACUGGCCGUGACAUUUCGCAGCGAUACGAUCUGGGUCGUGAGGUAGGUAGAGGCGAAUUCGGGGUCACGUGUCUGGCCAUUGAUGUGGCAACUGGUGAGAAAUUCGCUUGCAAAUCGAUAUCGAAGAAGAAGCUUAGGACUGCGGUGGAUAUCGAGGACGUGAGGAGAGAAGUUGAGAUCAUGAAGCAUUUGCCUAAGCAUCCAAACAUUGUGAGCUUGAAGGACACUUUUGAGGAUGAGAGUGCGGUACACAUUGUGAUGGAAUUGUGCGAGGGCGGUGAGUUGUUCGACCGGAUUGUGGCCAGGGGGCAUUACACGGAGAGGGCAGCCGCGGUGGUUAUGAGGACUAUUGUGGAAGUUGUGGAGACAUGUCAUAGGCAUGGAGUGAUGCAUCGCGAUCUGAAACCAGAGAAUUUUCUUUUCGCAAACAAGAAGGAAUCAGCACCCCUGAAGGCAAUCGAUUUUGGACUGUCGAUUUUUUUCAAACCCGGCGAGCGCUUUACUGAGAUCGUGGGAAGUCCUUAUUACAUGGCUCCCGAGGUUCUAAAAUGCAAUUAUGGCCCGGAGAUUGAUGUCUGGAGUGCUGGAGUCAUCCUCUACAUUCUACUUUGUGGUGUUCCACCUUUCUGGGCAGACACUGAACAAGGAGUUGCAAAAGCAAUUAUUCGCUGCGUAAUAGAUUUUAAGAGAGACCCUUGGCCUAAAGUUUCAGAUGAUGCAAAAGAUCUCAUAAAGAGAAUGCUUGAUUCAGACCCAAAGGGGCGGCUUACAGCUCAGGAUGCGCUUGAACACCCUUGGUUACAAGAUGCCAAGAAAGCUCCAAAUGUCCCACUUGGCGAGACUGUAAAAGCAAGACUUAAGCAAUUUUCUGUAAUGAACAAGCUAAAAAAGAGAGCUCUAACGGUGAUUGCAGAGCAUUUAUCAGUGGAGGAAAUGGCUACCAUAAAGGAAAAAUUUGAGAUAAUGGACACCAACAAGAAAGGCAAGAUAAACCUUGAGGAGCUUAGGGUUGGGGUACAAAAGGUUGGCCACCAGAUUCCUGAUGUGGAUCUUCAAAUCCUAAUGGAAGCUGCUGAUGUUGAUGGAGACGGAGCACUGAACUACGGAGAGUUUGUUGCAAUUUCUGUUCAUUUAAGGAAGUUGGCCAAUGAUGAGCACUUGCAUAAAGCUUUUGCAUUCUUUGAUCUUAAUAAGAGUGGUUACAUAGAGCCUGAAGAGCUGCGGGCUGCCUUAAGUGGUGAAGAUGACUCCAACAGUGAUGAGGUCAUAAAUGCCAUUAUGCACGAUGUUGAUACAGAUAAGGAUGGGCGCAUAAGUAAAGAAGAAUUUGCUGCGAUGAUGAAAGCCGGUACUGAUUGGAGAAAAGCAUCCAGGCAAUAUUCGCGAGAAAGAUUUAGGAGUCUCAGCUUAAACUUGAUUAGAGAUGGCUCGUUACAGUCAACCAAUGAGGUUAGGUGAGUAAUCUUUACUCACCUAAAAGAUUACUCACCUUCCGUAAAUAUGUCAAUUAGCCAGACUUGCAAUUUUUUUUGCAAAGUGCACAAAGCAAAUAAGCUACUAAAAGAUUGUAAUCUCUGGCUUGAAGCUAAAAGUAAGCCAUGUCCCGAACGUUACGUAUAUCUGUAUAAUUUGUUCUAAAUUUAUGUGAAUAAAUUGGAGCCUCAUUCUCAUCUCAGAUUUGUCAUUGCAUUGCUAACUGAUAUGGUGGAGUAUUCUGUGUCUGGUAAAGACCUGGAGAUUGUAGAGGAUGCUGCAAAAUGGAGACCUCAUUUCUGUUGCAUUGCAACCACUUACCACUGUAAUGGUAACUCAGGCUUUCAGAGAUUUCUAGUCUUUUUGUUUGAAUGGAUACGAGCAUCGAAUUGAACUAUGUCUAAAAGAGCUACUACAGAUCUAGUUUUUGGGUAAAAUUCUUUAUAACCUGCAUCGAACAUAUAAUCUCAACGAGAGAAAUGUACCGAUAUGACUCGACCAUGCACUUACUGAUCCUUAUUAACCUGGUGGUUCCUUAGAGAGUUGAACGAUUUGGCUUAUCGACACGAAUUUUACCUCCGCUUUCGAGAUUACACGAGAGGAUUCUAGUUUAUUUUCUAAUUUUGAGAACUGAAAUAGAAUACCACAGACACAAUUCAAGUCUACAUUAUGUUUUUACCAUAGAAAUCAUACCAAAUUUUUACAUAAAUCAAAUCACAACAGAGAAUAAACAAACAGAUAACAAACCACCUCAUGAUCCCAAAAAUCAACUAGUUGAUCGAUGGUCCCUUGCGGCAGACACGGGCAGUGGGCAUGGUCACACACACCGCCGCGUACUUCUUCUUAGCUUCGGGACUCCCCGGCUUCGGCUCAUCCGCUGCCGCUACUUUCGCCACCGACCACACCGCGGCAGCUGCAGCGGCAAACACCAAAUCCCUCCUCCCACUGCCGCUGUCGUGUUCGUUUUUGAAACUCACACCUUCACUCACCUUUGAGGCCUUGGACAUUACAACCACCCCGCGCUGGCGGCCGGUGGUGGUUGAGGGGUGUUUGGGGGCAGCUCCGCGGAGGAAUGUGGGUGUCAUUGCUAUGGAUGCCAUUUUCCCUGGACUCGGCUGGUUUGUUUUCCUUUGGUUUGGAAGAAAUGAAUU